AUGUCGCCCAACCCGCCGCGCGUGCUGGUCAUCGGCGCCGGGUCCCGGGGCCGGACGUACGCGCGGUGCACCGUCUCGUCGUGCAACGGCGUCGUCGCUGGCGUGGUGGAGCCGGAUGACUACAAGCGGCGCCGGUUCGGCGAGCUGUUCAUCUGGGGCGAGGAGGAGCAGGGACAGCGGCGAGAGCCGCCCGAGGGGUCGCAGUUCCGGGACUGGCGGGACUUUAUCGCGUGGGAGACGGACCGGCGGCGGCGAAAGGCCGAGGAGCAGAACGAGGGAGAGAGUCGCCCUGUGCCAGAGGGUGUCGACGCGGUGUUUGUGUGUGUCCGGGACGAGCUGCACCACGACGUCGUCAUGGGACUCGCACCCUUGGGGCUGCACAUCAUGUGCGAGAAGCCCCUGGCCACGACGCUGGCCGACUGCAUGGCCAUGUACCGCGCCCUGGCGCCGCACCAGGAGCAAAAGAUCUUCAGCGUGUGCCACGUCAUGCGGUACUCGCCGCACAACUUGAUGCUGCGGUCGCUGCUGUUUGGCGACGGCAAGAACGGAGCCGAUCUGCCGGACCACCACCAGGAGGACGGCGGCCAGCGCAGGGGCGCGAUCGGCGACAUCCUCAGCAUCCACCACACCGAGCCCGUCGGGUGGUGGCACUUUGCGCACAGCUACGUCCGGGGCAACUGGCGCCGCGAGUCGGUCACCGCCCCGUCGCUGCUGACCAAGAGCUGCCACGACAUUGACCUCAUCCUGUGGCUGCUGUGCUCCCCGCCGCCGGGCGCGGACACAAGCGCGCCGCCGCACCUGCCCGCGACCGUGUCGUCCUCGGGCGCGGUGCAGUUCUUCAAGAAGAGCCGGAAGCCCAAGGGCGCCGGCCGGGACACCACAAACUGCCUGAGCUGCCCCGUGGAGAAGGACUGCAUGUACUCGAGCAAGCGCAUCUACGUGGGCAAGAAGCACAUGGGCCUCGAGACGGGCAAUACCGGCUGGCCCCUGAGCAUUGUGAUGCCGGACAUUGAGAGCUUCGAUGCUGGCGGCCGCGGGGCCGGUCCCGAGGAGCACGCAGACAGCCCGCGCAGGCAGGAGCUGCUCAGGCGGCUGGCGGAGGACUACGACGCCUCGACGACGCCCGACGACGAGAUCAAGAGCCGCAACUGGUUCGGCCGCUGUGUCUUUGAGUCUGACAAUGACGUCUGCGACGAGCAGACCGUCACCAUGACCUGGGACGAGGAGCUGGACGGCGAAACCUCUUCGACAGCCACCCACAGGGGCGCAAAGCAGGCGACCUUCCACAUGAUUGCGCAGACGAAGCGGCAGUGCCAGCGCUACACGCACAUCUACGGCACCGAGGGCGAGAUCUACGCCGACUCGUGGACCAUCACGGUCGAGGACUUCCGCACGGGCGAGACCAGAGUGUACACGCCGCGCAUGGAGACCCUGGGUCACGGCGGCGGCGACGUGGGGUUGACGCGCCAGUUCAUCAUGGCCGUCGACAAGGUCAAGAACCACGGCUGGUCCGCGCCCGAGGCGCAACACGAGUUCAUCGGGUGCACGCUCGAGGAGCUGGUGCGGAGCCACGCCAUGGUCUUCGCGGCCGAGGAGGCGCGCAGGGACAAGACUGUCGUCGACUGGCGGACAUGGUGGCAGGGCAAGGUUGAGAGUAUUAGUCUGUAG